GGCUUUUAAAUAAAGUUUGGUUCAAGACAGCUGCGCCAGGUGUUUGACAGCUCCACCUGCUGAGAGGAAAACAAUGUCGCGGCGGCUCCCAGCUCGGUUUCUUUGAGCCACCCGGAUAAGGACGGGUGACAAAUGGGGCUCAUAAAGCGCGUGGCGCUGUCAGCAGCAUCCGCGGUUGUCGGGUCAACACCGGAUAUCACUCCCGUAAUGCAAUAAGGGCGAAGCCCACACGGCUUCCCAUCAGAGGCCCGCCCUGCUGGAGUCCACCCUCGCGGACAGAGCAGGAGGAAGGAGGGCUGAAGAGGCGUCCAUCACUAGACCAGGACCUGUUGAAGACUGGGGUUAACUUCGACGGUCACUGAAGUCACACUCCGCCAUAUUACUGGACGCCACGCCCGCAGACUCUGCAACUCACUGCCAGUUUCCCGUUCACCCAGAAGAAGAAGGUGAAGCGGUGGCCGGCCGAGAUGACCCUGAGCUCCGUAGGGACUUGUUGCCUCAAUCCGGAGGCCAAAGAAGCUCGAAGGAUCAACGAUGAGAUCGACAGGCAGCUCCGUAGGGACAAGGAGGAAAGUCGACGCCAUUUUCAUGUGUUUGUGGCCAGGAACUGGCGAGAGUGGGAAAAGCACCUUCAUCAAACAGAUGAGGAUCAUUCAUGGGCGUGGCUACUCGGAGGAGGACAAGCGAGGCUUCAGAAGACUGGUGUACCAGAACAUCUUCACAGCCAUGCAGGCCAUGGUCCAGGCCAUGGAGAUCCUGAAAAUCCCUUACAGACACGAACUCAACAAGAACUAUGCCAGGACUGUUGGUGAGCUCGACGUGGAGACGAUCACAACAUUAACAAAGCCAUAUGUGGAUGCAAUGAAGAGCCUGUGGACUGAUCCAGGGAUUCAGGAAUGCUACAAUCGGAAAAAGGAAUAUCAGCUCUCGGACUCGGCCAAAUACUACCUGGAUGACUUGGACCGGAUCACUACUGACACCUAUCUGCCAUCAGAGCAGGACAUUUUGAGGGUGCGGGUCCCAACGACGGGCAUCAUUGAAUAUCCGUUUGAGCUGGGGAGUGUGGUGUUCAGGAUGGUGGAUGUGGGCGGCCAGCGGUCUGAGAGGAGGAAGUGGAUUCACUGCUUUGAGAAGGUGACAUCCGUCAUGUUCCUGGCGGCGCUCAGUGAAUACGACCAGGUCCUUGUUGAGUCGCCACAUGAGAAUCGAAUGGAGGAAAGCAUGGCCCUGUUUCAGGCUAUCAUAAACUGCAAGUUGUUCAGAAAGUCUUCGGUCAUCCUGUUCCUCAACAAGAUAGAUUUACUGGAGGAGAAAGUCAUGCAUUCACAUUUGGUGGAUUAUUUCCCUGAGUUUGAUGGUCCACAGCGUGAUGUGGAGGCAGUCAAAGACUUCAUUCUGCACAUGUUUGUCUGCUUGAAUAUGAUGAAAAAAUCCUUCUACUACCACUUCACCUGUGCCACCGACACGGACAACAUUCGCUUCGUCUUCAAAGCAGUGAAGGACCAUAUUCUGCAAACCACCAUCAGCACCUUCAUCCCAGUCUAAAGCCCUGAUGGUUCCAGCUGAAUCACUGGCCAGCAGGGCUUCAGCCACACAUGCUGCUGUCCACCCAAACAGUGGUGUGGUGUUGAGAGUGUUGAGGAGACUUUGAGUCGCUACGACUUAUGUUUCCAGUUCUCCUGUGAAGCUCUGCAGCUUUCAUGAAGUGUGUCCACACAAUUGAUGUGCUGCCUUCCUGAGGAGUUUUCACACUUGGUGCCAUUCAUCGUGAGCGGUAUAAAUGCACAGGGAUGGACGGCCAUUGUGUGUUUAUUAGAGCACUGUAGCAGAACCUAUACAUGAGUCAUAAUUCAUUUACGAGUGUGUAGUGCAUUUACAUGUCUUGGUGUUUAUUUCAACUGCAUAUUUCUUGAUGUGUAUCGAGGAGGUUUGUGGCUUCUAUUGAUCGCCACUAUUGGUUGACCUGUUUCAAAAACACUAGAAAAAUAGACUCCUGUCUCUACUCAACGAGUAUCACAUGCUGCCAGUGAGCUGCAGUGGAAGCAUUUCAAAGGAUAAAAUGCUCUUGGUCUGAUGAUAUCAGUGGACAACUUCACUGCUUUUUAAGUAUUGAUGUUUCAGAUUAAACAGCAUUGCAAGAAGCAACUUUGCUAAUGAUUUAAUGUCUUGUCUAAAGUAAAGACGGCACAAUACGGAUAAAUAUGGUGACAGUUAGAAACCUAAACUCUCCACUAGGUUAACUUUGAAAACUCACUGGUUGUGUGUCGAGAAGGCUUACGCUUCACCAUUAUAUUUUCAUUGUAUGGUUUGAGUCAGUGAAUGCACCACUGUUUUUUAUAAGCCUUGUUGCUUCUAAAUGAUGUUUGAUUUCAUCAUGUUAUUUCUGUGCUGCAAUAUAUUUAUUUUCCUUUGGCUCAGUCUCCCUGAAUGAAUGUUUAUUUUGGUCAAAAGUCAAAACAUUUUUUUUUCACUCUGACAGCAACCCUACUGCUACUUAAUGUCUUAGGAACUGUGCUGUACGUUUACUGUGUGAACUCGUUGUCUCAAUGGUUUUAUGGAAAUAUUCAUAUGAAAAACAUGUUAUUCAGAUGUCCAAACACGGACCAUUGAGUGUCAUUGCACACUCAUCAACACGGAUUAACUGUUUUUUUUUUUACCACGGGACAGUAUUAAUGACCAAUUCACACUGGGUUUGAAAUAAUAUGUAAUAUGUAAUGAUAUAACCACAAGUGGGAGAGGAGAUCUGCUCACACAUCACCAAUGCUUCAUGUGCGUGCCAUGCUACUUCCUGAUAUCACUGCUGAACAAAAACGUGCUUGAAACAAAAAAACAGAAACUGGACUGAGGAGGAAACUUUUGUGUAAUUUCAGCUGGUAGGAACACAGGUUUUGCAUACACUUGCCGGUUUUUCACCACCACAAGAUCCAUUAAUGCUAGACUCAGGUUUACUUACUACGUACUUGUUUCGCAGUGGAUUAGCAUCACCUGGGGUUUGGUUCCUUGACCCUUCAAUCUGAGGUGGGAAUUCAACAGAGCUGCGUUCAUAUUCCAUGUGUCCACAGUCGCAUCAGGAUGUAAAAACAAAAAUGAUUUCUUUACUUCCCUUCCCAAUGAGUGCUCCAGUAGGUAUGAAGAUCACGAUCAAACACAAGAGAUGAAACGUUUGUGAACGUUCCAACUGUACGCAUAGAUUGAGUGUUUUGAAUGAAUGUUUCACCAAUUUGAAGGUCGAGUCUACUGUUUGUUCAAACUACAAUUUUGCUAUUUUGGAACACAGUGACGGAACACAGCUCUAAAUACAGCAUACUGCAAAUGGUUAUUAUUUUAGCCUAAUAAUGGAUGUAAUUAUUAUCAUUUGUAAUUAUUUUAAACAUCAUACUUGUGUAUUUUUCUCAAUUAUUUCACGUCUUCUGUAGUUGGAUGUACUUAAAAAUUGUAAUUUUACUGAAGCCAUUAAAAAUGUAAAACAUUCGUAAGUAUUUUCAUAUUUAAUCUGUAUUAAGCGAGAACUGUAAUUGGUCUGUAUUGGAAAUUAUCUCAAGCGUUCUCAUCCUUGAUCUGAUCUCAAUUAAAGGCCCUAAUGUUCAAAGUCACUUUGCCAUGUUUGUUUUGUUUAUUUGUUUUUGAAGUUAUUAUGGUUGACACAACUGCUUGUUUUUUAUGCCUUUGUUCCUGUAUCUAUUUGGUUUUGAAAUCUUAAAAUAA